CCUUGGAUACAUCCUGAACGUACCAUCAUGAUGACGCCUUCAGGCAUUGAUGUGCCAACACCACACACCGGACCAGAAUCUCGUCCGUUGGAGAACCGUGGUUACCGGCUGCACCCUUGGUAUAAACCAGAUUGGAUUCUGUCCUGGCAGGGGACUUCCCAAAACGUGAUACAUCAAAUGCAUGCAUGUGAAGACUGGAUCAAACCUCGGGUAUGUGUCUGUGCACUAGGUUACACAAGUUUGAUUGACUCUCAUACCAUACCGCUUAGUACACUUGUGUAUUAGAUCCUACUCGAAUUCCAGAUGGUGAAUUUAUUAUACUCAAAUCCGUCCUUCGAUGUGACCACCCUUUCGAGGUUGAUAUCGCUUAUUACCUCACAUCGGAGCCUCUUCGAUUGGAUUAUAUGAACCAUUGCAUUCCCGUCCUGGAUGUCCUCCAUAUACCAGGUGAAGAAUGUGACAUUAUGGUCAUGCCUCUCCUACGGCACUACUCUGACCCUUGGUUUAAAACUUUCGGGGAAGCCGUUGAGUGUUUUCGCCAGCUCUUCAAAGGCCUCUAUUUCAUGCACAAGAACUGUGUAGCUCAUCGAUAUGUCUGCCUGUCUCUCCUGGUGUUCAGCGCUCAACUUGCGCGUAGCGACUGCAUGAACUUGAACAUCAUGAUGCAUACAAGGCUUCUUUUUAUUGACUUAUUCCAUCCCUUUCGUCCGCAAGAACUCGUGAUUUGAAAUGUACUCCAAGGCACUAUAGUCGUUACAGCGUCCUACGAGGUACUUUCUGAUCGAUUUUGGAUUAUCUCGUUGAUAUGACCCGUUUGUAACAAACCCUGUUGAACCGGUCAUCCUCGGAGGCUAUAAGACAGUACCAGAAUUCAAAUCCUUCAAAAUUCAAACCGCGAAAUCCAUUUCCUACUGAUGUUUAUUACAUUGGUCACGCUAUUCAGGAAACUUUUUUGGAUGGAUAUAACGGCUUUGACUUCGUAGAACCAUUGAUACGGGAAAUGGUUCAGAAGAACCCGUCCCUGAGACCGACGAUGGAGCAA